UUAUUGUUUGUCAAAGAAUAAGAUUAUUUUAUUCAACAUAAAUAAUAAUAUUAAUAAUAAAUUGAAAUCUAAUUUUCAUAUUAAAUAAAUUAAUAAUAAUUGUCAAACAUGUUUGCCGAUUGGUUGCAAUACCGUUGGGAUCUAUUGAUAACAACAUGGUUUGGCAACAAUUUGUUUGCUAUGAAUUUUUACGGUACAUUAGCUAUAGUCUACUGUAUGUUUUGGACAGUUGGCCUAUUCUAUCUGUUUGUCGAUACGACCGGCCGACCAAGUUUUCUAUUAAAAUACAAGAUCCAGGAGCCGUAUACUCCCAUGACCAAAUCUGAAUUUAUGGAUAUGAUUGGACAGGUAGUAUACAAUCAGACAGUGGUAAUGUUGCCAUUGUUUUAUUUGUUAGCCCGUGCUUUGGAGUGGCGCCAGUUUCCUACCGGACAGUUACCAUCACUGGCCCGUAUUGUAACGGAAGCUAUCGGCUAUCUAGUACUCUACGAGAUUGGCUUCUACUAUACACAUCGACUACUACACUACGGACCAUUGUAUCGUUUGAUACAUAAGCGCCAUCAUCGAUGGCAGGCACCGGUAGCCAUGAGUUCGUUUUAUUGUCAUCCGGUAGAGCAUGUGAUCAGCAAUAUUAUGCCAGUAUUUAUAGGCCCAUUUGUGUUGGGCUCACACCUAUUCAUUCAAUGGGGAUGGUAUGGGGCGGUUAUAUUUGUCACACUAGCCCAUCACUCUGGCUAUCAUUUUCCGUGUAUGAUAUCAUCGGAAUAUCACGACUAUCACCACUUGAAAUUCAAUCAAAACUUCGGUACGUUUGGUCUAUUGGAUUGGAUUCACGGCACUAACAAUGAGUUUUACAAAUCAAUUGCCUAUAAGAGACACCGGGUUUUCAUGAGCUGCCAACCAAUCAAACAGUUAUAUCCCGAUGAGAGUCAAAAUAUUAGUAGUAAUAAUAAUAAUAAUGUUAAAAAUAAAUAAUA